AUGGCUAGGUUCGCCGAGAAAUAUGCUCGACGAACAGGGACUAAAUUCUGCCGAGACCGAAGGGUCACCGCCCGAGUAAUCGAAGGUCUAGCAAAGCAUAAAGUGGAGCUAGGGGCACCUCUCUGCCCGUGCCGGGACUACGAUGACAAGGAAGCUGAAGUUACUGUGUGCUCAAAGGCUAAGGACUACUUCAUCAAUAGUAUUGGCAACAGGCCUGUAGCCGUAGUAGUGGUAUGUGGCCUCUACCGUACGGGUAAAUCCUACUUGCUCAACCUACUGAGCCAUCACCACAAUGACUCUGAGGAGCCCGGAGGUGCCGACAGUCCUGCCUUCACUGUGGGCGCUACUGUCAACGCCUGCACUAGUGGGAUAUGGAUGUGGGCGAGUAGUAUUAGCAAUGAUAAGGGCCCUGUAUAUGUACUGCUUGACUGUGAGGGGUCCGGCAACGUUGAACACGAUAGAGACCACGACUCAAUACUCUUCGCCCUUGGUACCCUCUUGAGUGGUUACUUUAUAUACAAUAGUAAAGGCGUGAUCGAUGAGAGUGCCAUCCAGACCCUGUCGGUGGUCACCUCUCUAGCACAGCAUAUACAAAAUGCACAGCAAGACGAAGAUACCUCGAAAUUGCUCUAUCGGACAAGAGUAGUGUGGCGGCGUACCGCAGCCAAGAAAGUCGCGACUGCCGAGAGAAACUUUGCAACCUCCUCGGCUCCUUCCCAGGUUGAACUUCUGAAGACAAAAGUUUUCCGAGAUUGCGCGCCCAAAACUAUCAACAACGUGCCCGUCACUGGCAUCAUGUUUGCGAGGCUACUAGAUCAGUACGUUCACUCAAUCAACAGCAACGAGAUACCCAAGGUGGGCUCGGUGUGGCAGGCGUUGCAGGCUCAAGAGGGGGAGAGGGUGCUGGGGGAGUGCUCGAAUGAAUACCGAACGUUGGUGAGAGACCGUGUGAAGCCGAACCUGCCGAUCUUAGAGGCCGAACUCACUGCCAGCAUCAAGGCAAUACGCCUAGAAGUGUACAGCAGAUUCAAAAAGGAGUCUUUGGGGGAGAAGAAGGUCGUAGCUCAAUAUAAAGAGCAGUUGAAGGACCUCAUGGAUGAUGUAGAUAAAGAAAUCAUCAACAGCAAUGAGGUGAUGGCUCGAGAAGACUUGAUUGUUAUAUAA